AGCAGCUGUGCAUCAGGAGAAUAACUCAGCCCUGGGAUCUCCCGUGUGUGACAGUGAGAGAAGAACAGACAGAUGCUGACAGGCAGAACCAACUAAUGCAGUGUCAGUUCUGCCUUCACAAAGACAAACGGAGACACCUAUUAACAUUUGGAUUAAGUGUAUCUGAAGAGUGAGAAUGGAGGAUGUGGAUUCCAACCUGUAUGUAAGGAUCAGCAGCAACAAAUACAUUUUGAGGUCAGAUCUGCUGUCACAUCUAAGAACCUACAAUUGCUACCACGAUGGAAAAAGCUUCCAGCUACGGCACCAUGAGGACAGCGGUAAACUGGUGGUGGAGGGACUACUUAAUAUAUCAUGGGGUCUCCGUCGGCCUAUCAGACUCCAGAUGCAUGACUACAAUGAACGUUUAUGCUUCAGUUCCUCAGAAAAGUGGGCGAUGGAUCCCUCAAGUAAAAUCAGCCCUGACUCACCAUCUGUAGAAUGCCAGACUGAUGCAGGGGAGCUGAACAAUAACAGCGCAAGCAGAUACCCUAAUGAAGAGGAGAUGCCACAGCUGAAAAGAACCAGAAGUGAUGCCAGUUUUGUCCAGAUGCGGGUGAAACUUCGCAGCCCAGGAGACGUACAGAGAAUAAGGAAUCACAGGUUCUCUAUAAAUGGCCACUUCUAUAAUCAUAAGACUUCUGUGUUUACUCCAGCCUACGGGUCUGUGACAAAUGUUCGUGUCACAAGUACCAUGAACACAUCUCAAGUCUUAAAUCUUCUUCUAAGGAAAUUCAGGGUGGAGAAUAGUACUUCUGAAUUUGCACUUUAUAUGCUUCAUGAAACAGGUGAAAGAACCAAAUUAGGAGAGACAGAGUUUCCAUUGAUCUGCAGGGUCCUGCAUGGCCCAUGUGAACGGAUUGCAAGACUUUUCUUAAUGGAGACUGACCUUGGAGAGGAAGUUUCAUAUGAUGUGGCCCAGUACAUCAAGUUUGAGAUGCCUGUCCUGGACAGCUUUGUGGAGAAACUAAAGGAAGAAGAAGAGCGAGAAAUCACUAAACUGACUGAAAAGUACAAUGCUCUUCGCUUAAUGAUGCUCGAACGUUUGGAUGAACUGAAUAAUUAUGAAAGCUAUGCAUGAAGACAGAAUGCACCACAAGAAAAAAGCAAGAUGUGCUGACAUAUACCAUCGUAGGGUUCUCCUGGUCAACUUGACUUCCAUUAUUCUUGUUGUUCCUCCGAUGACUUGAUGAUACAGAACAAGAUGUACAUUUUUAUGCCUCACAAGUAAACCAAUCUGGUUGCAAUAAGCACUGCAGUUAUUUUAGUUUUAGAAAUGUAGGUCUCCUGGCAACGGAAGCACAAAUCAUUUAGUUAAAACAUGAUAAUAUGAUAGUUUACUGAAUGGAUGCAUUUGGGAGAAUUAAGCUGCUUACCAAGCCUGCAAACCUAAUUUUGAAUCUCGCCAGUUUUAUAACAUGUCACACAGGGUAUAUUUAUCUUGUUAAAUUACAAAUUCAGGGCAAGGUUUUCAGGUUUAAAAUUUGUAGAGAGGAGAACAAUUCUGC